GAACAGGGCACCUACUAUCAUCAUUACCGUGAAUCCUUUUCACCAUUAUGGCUGCGAAUUUCCCCUGGAUCUAUCCCGUUCGGGUAGCCCAAGCCAUCUUUGCAAUAAUUGUUCUUGGUUUAACCGCAUACUACAUCAGCUGGUUCACUUACAGUGAUACCGUUAAUUUCAUGCUCUUCAAUGGCAUAUGGACGGCCUUCAUUGCCACACCUUAUCUGGCCCUGGCCCCGGCGUUCUUCCCCCAGCUGGCGCAUCGACUGGUCAUUCCGGCCGUUGAAGUGAUUACCAUGAUCUUUUGGUUCGCAGGCUUUAUCGCUCUGGGAGUUUACCUCCCAGCCGCAGAAUAUUGUCACUGGAGUCGUUGUCGGGCACUACAGGCCGCGACCGUAUUUGGGGCUUUCGAAUGGGUAUUAUUCCUGGCCACCAGCGUUGUCGCUGUCCUCGGUGCCUCGCGUUCCCGGUCUAGCCCGAGGGCGGUUCCAUGAUAUGUUUGGAAUUUGACACGACUAUUCGGUUGAAAACAGUGGAAGUCUUUGAUGGCUGGUGUAUACCGAUGACGUCACUUGUAUAUUUUCUAUGAGCGCGAUUGGUUUUUCGCUUUAUCCAAGAGCA